UACAUGGACAUAUUGAGGAAAGUAUUUCGGUUUUAUGGAAACGGAUUUCAUAUUUCACAAGAAUGGAUACUUGGCGAGCUGUACAGAAAGUCCUGUGUCAUAAGAUGAUCGUUGUGGAUAAAGGGAAGACUUUGAAGUAAUUUCUCACAGGGAAAAUGUCAUCACAGAGCAGUAUGAUGGACAGCCAGGUCUUCCAAGCGUUUUCUACAUAUGCCAUAAUUGUCAUCCUGAAGAUGAUGCUAAUGUCACCUUUGACCUCUUACUUUCGUCUGACCAGAAAGGUGUUUGCAAACCUAGAAGACACCAAACUUGUUUCCUCCAAAGAAGACAAGAAACUGGUUUGUGUAGAUCCUGAUGUGGAGCGAGUCCGCAGAUGUCACCUGAAUGACUUGGAGAACAUUAUUCCCUUUGUGUUGGUUGGCCUGCUCUACUCUCUGACUGGACCUGAGCUUUCAGUUGCUCUGCUUCACUUCAGACUCUUUGCUGGCUGUCGUAUCUUCCACACCAUUGCCUACGUUGCUGCUCUGCCUCAGCCCAGCAGGGGUGGCUCCUGGAUCCUGGGCAUGCUGGUCACUUUCUCUAUGGCUUACAGAGUGCUUAGUGCAGUACUCAUACUUUAGAGAUGAUAAUUGACCACCAUCACACAUAAAACAAAGUAUACAUACACAUUCAUUUGUGUUCUACUGCCA